AUGUCUACGGAGGAAGAGGAUCAAGCAUUAGAUUUGUUAAAAGAAUUACAAAACCUUCCGGUAACGUUGGAAAUACUAACAAAAACGAGAAUCGGUAUGACCGUUAACGAAUUGAGAAAAUCAAGUUCGGACGAUGAAGUUAUUUCCCUAUCGAAAACCCUCAUUAAAAAUUGGAAAAAAUUCCUAUCGAAUUCGAGUGCGACGAGUAACAACAAAGACAACAACACCAACAACACCACCGCCACCGCCGCCAAUACUCCCAAAUUGGAAAAAUCAAAACCGGUCGAAGAUAAAUCAGAAGAACCAAAGCCUACCAAAAAGGAUGAUAGGAAAAGACAUCAGACGUCGUUUCCACCCAGCAACACAGCCGAUUCCGUUCGAAUCAAAUGUCGGGAACUCCUCGCCGCAGCGAUCAAAGGCAACACGGAAUCCGAUCAAGUGGACGGUUGCGGUUCUCCCGAGGACUUGGCCGAAGAAUUAGAAGAAGCCAUUUUUAACGAAUUUCGUAACACAGAUAUAAAGUACAAAAAUAGAAUAAGGAGUAGGGUAGCCAAUUUAAAAGAUCCUAAAAAUCCAAAUUUGAGAAUGAAUUAUUUAAUCGGAGCUUUGCCCGCGUCGAGGCUCGCAGUCAUGACGGCCGAAGAACUUGCUAGUGAUGAAAUGAAACAAAUAAGGGAUAAAUUCAAAAAAGAAGCCAUCAACGAUGCUCAGUUAGCUACUGUUCAAGGUACCAAAACCGAUUUACUCAAAUGUGGUAAAUGCAAAAAGAGAAAUUGCACUUACAAUCAAGUUCAGACGAGGAGCGCCGACGAACCUAUGACGACAUUUGUUUUGUGCAAUGAAUGUGGUAACCGAUGGAAGUUCUGUUAA